CAGCCUGGCUGACAAACUCCUGGAUGAUGAGGGGCAGCACAGAGGCAGUGGUCAGUCAGUCGGUCAGUCAGCAUCGCCCUGGUUGCUCAUCAUCAUACUCGUAGUCAUCACCUUGCCUUUGCUACCCUCUACUUCAUCAUACGACGAACUUGAUGCUCCCUCGUCUGCCCUUCAACCUCACCCAGUCAACAGCGAGACUAUUCAAGCAAAGUAGCACCGCACCCCGCAUCAGCUUCGGAUUCAGAUUCUCCACUUCAGCUUUCGCAAUGGCACCUCAACGUAUCAAGCUCGCAGCUGCUUCUGAGCUUCCCAAGCCGGGACAGAAGAAGGACUUUGUCGCAUUUGGCGAAGGGGAUGAUGCAUCGAAGAUCCUGCUUAGUAAUGUCAAGGGAGAGAUCUAUGCUACCAGCGCAAAGUGCACUCAUUACGGAGCUCCUCUCGCUAACGGUAUCCUCACCGAGGAAGGUCAUCUCGUCUGCCCCUGGCACGGGGCCUGCUUCAACGCCAAGAACGGAGACAUUGAAGACUCGCCUGCCCUCGACUCCCUCCUUUCCUUCCCAGUAGAGGUAGACUCAAACGGUGACGUGUACGUCUCUGCAGAGGAGGAGCAGCUCAAGGGCAAGCCAGGAAAGCCAAUCUCCUGCUCUGGCUCCAUCAAGGAGAGCAAGCAGGGAGGUCUGGUCAUCGUUGGAGGCGGCUCUGUUGGAAUUCACGUCAUUGAGUCUGCAAGGAAGAAUGGCUACUCGGGUCCCAUCACUCUCGUUACAUCCGAAGACCACGCUCCAUACGAUCGAACAAAGCUCUCAAAGGGUCUCAUCGCCGACGCUUCCGCCGUCGUCUGGAGGUCGCCUUCUCACCUCGAGAAGGUACUCAAGGUCAAGGUCAAGACUGGUACCUCGGCGCAGUCCCUACUACUGUCAGAUAACAAGGUCAAGCUAAGCUCUGGCGAGGAUCUGCCAUAUGAGCACCUCGUACUUGCUACUGGCGGUAUCCCCAAGCGCCUGCCCGUUCCCGGAGCCAAGGAAGGAGAGCUGGAAAACGUUCACCUGCUUCGCGGCCUCGGACAUGUCGAAGGAAUUCUCAGCGCACUUGGUGACAAGCAGGACAAGGAUGUCGUUGUCAUUGGCUCCUCUUUCAUCGGCAUGGAAGCAGCCAUUGCCAUGGCCGGACAGAAGAAGGCAAAGUCUGUCUCGGUUGUGGGCAUGGAAGGCGUGCCUCUGGAGGCCAUCCUGGGUGCUGAAGUCGGCAAGGGCAUCAAGGAUGCCCAGGAGAAGAACAAUGGACUCAAGUUCUACAUGAAGGCUGGUGUGCAGUCCAUCGAGGGUGAUGGUAAGGUCUCUGCCGUCAAGAUCAAGGACUCCAAUGGUAAGGAAGUAUCGAUCAAGGCCGACGUUGUCCUAUUGGGUGUCGGUGUAGGUCCUGCUACCAACUACCUCAAGGAGUCCAAGGGCUUCCCCGAACUCGAGAAGGACGGCUCGGUCCUCGUCGACUCGACUCUUCGUGUCCAAAACUUGUCCUCCUCUGUCUUUGCUGCCGGUGACAUCGCUACCUUCCCCUCCUUCAAUGGCAAGGAGAAGAUCCGGAUCGAGCACUGGAAUGUGGCUGGUAAUCAGGGUCGUGCAAUCGGAGAGACGAUUGCCAAUUUGGAGCGCGGCGAGAAGUCGGCAAGGAAGUACGAGAAGCUUCCCAUCUUCUGGUCUGCCAUGGGAGGUCAGCUACGCUUUGUCUCAGACGGCAACAAUGCCUCCACCGGCAACCAGCCUCCACACGUCGAAGGCUCCCCUGCCGAGGGCAAGUUCGUUGCCUACUACACUCGCGGUGAUGGCAAGGUUUCUGCGGUGGCCUCGAUGGGUUGGGACCCGGUGAUGGUGCAGAGCGCUGAGCUGAUGAAGAGAGGCACAAUGGGCAGCUUCGACGACAUCAAGAGUGGGAAGUUCGAUCCGCUCAAGGUGGAGCUGAGUGCACAGUAGGAUGAGGCGCCCCCUGGGAGUGGCAGCCGAUUGAAGACGAGGCUGUGAGGGUGGGGUGUCAGCUGGUAGUGGGAGCUGAAAGGGGGGCAAACACGAUACACAGACGUGAACAUGAAGUCAAUGAAUCAGCUCUAGCAUCUGCUUACCACACUCGAUAUGAAAUACAUUCGAUCUGACCAUCUGAACCCUUGGUCGUCCA